UGAAAAUGGGAAAUAAAGAACCAAUUAGAUCACGUGGCACGUUGUCGGAACGCAUGUACUUUGUCCGUUUUAUAUAUAUUGAUUUAUUUAUAACAAAGGUUUUAUGAUUCUACCGUUGCACAUAAUGUCAUUCACAUGUAUUCGAUUUCUAUUUAUUUUUUCAGAAAGAGAAAUCGAUAUUCUGGAAUUUUCUAUCGACUUUGAUUUUUUUUUUCUUUUCUUUUCAGAAAGAGAAAAUCGAUAUUCUAGAAUUUUCUAUUUAAAAAGACCUUGAAAAUCUGCUCGGCUCUGUUCCACCCACGGACUUCUUUUAUUAUUUAUAUAUCCCCACUCCCCACUUAAUUUAGUGCUCACAUCUGAAUCCAUCAUCUUCAUUCUGCAGAAACCCUAAAUUCUUGAACCGAUAAGAUUACUGUUAGUUUGCUUACCAUAAUCAAAUCAUGGCCAUUAAACUCUAUGGAUCCCUAAUUUCAACCGCAACACAGCGAGUCAAAGCUGCCCUCGCUGAGAAGGAUAUUGAGUACGAGUUCAUAAUCAUCGACAUGGCCAAAAAUGAACACAAGAAACCUGAAUUCCUUACCCGGAACCCAUUCGGUCAAGUUCCAGCGUUUGAGGAUGGUGAUCUCAAGUUGUUCGAAUCAAGGGCGAUUACUCAAUACAUAGCACACGCGUAUGCCGACAAGGGUAACGAUCUGAUAUUCGAGGAUCCGAAGAAAAUGGCGAAACUGUCAGUGUGGAUGGAAGUGGAGUCCCAGAAAUAUGAACCGAUAGCUUCGAAACUGGUGUGGGAGCUUCUUUUGAAGCCGAUGUUUGGGAUGACUACCGACGAGGCGAUUGUGGAAGAGUACGAGAAGAAAAUGGAGGGGUUGCUUGACGUGUACGAAUCACGGCUGUCGGAGAGCAAGUAUUUGGGCGGAGAUUGCUUCACUUUGGUGGAUCUCCACCACCUCCCUACCAUGAAGUACUUGAUGGGAACGCGGGUGAAGAAGCUGUUUGACGCGCGGCCCAAUGUCAGCGCGUGGGCUGCCGAAAUCCAGUCAAGGCCUGGCUGGAUCAAAGCUAUUACCACCUAAGCGCGUUGCUUAAUCACAACGAGGUCUUAAUUAUGUUUUGGAAAGAUCUACUCAUUAAAUUUGAUGCUUGAUGAGAUUUAGAUGUUUGUAAUGCCGUGUGUGUGCAAUGUAUCUGUUGCCCUUUCAACAAAUAAUAAAAUAAAAUUUUGAUCAUUGAAAUAACUUCAUACAUAUUAUAUAUGUAGUGCAUAUGUGUAAACACCAAAUCCUAUUCUUUGAUAUAAAGAAAUUAUAUUAAC